UAAUCGUUAACAAACCCAACAUACACAGUAGUGACUGUGAACUCCCUAGUCCAAACUCCAUCCAUCCUCAGCUGAGCCAUUGUAUCCUCCCUCGAGGACGACGAUGAAGAUGAAGCUUGCAUGAGAGAGAGACAGAAGAUCAAUUCUAUACACUCCAAAAUGAUUCAUUAGAAGAACUGAGAUUCCUCACCAAAUGUUGCUUCCUCUAUCCAACCACCACCAAACCUCUCUUCCCUUCAAUUCCCUCCCAAACCCCUUCUUCACCCCCUUCCCUUUCCCCAAAACCCUUCUCUUCCGAAACCCUAGAAUUCCCCCCAAUUCCUCCCUCCUCCGCCCCUACGCCUCCGCCUCCUCCGCCGCCACCCGAACUCUCCCUCAAUCCGCCAUCAAAAGAAUCGCCGACAAGCUCCGCAGCCUUGGCUACGUAGAAGAAGAACAAGACUCAAAACAAACCCUAAAUUCCCAUUCCAGCAAUGACUUGCCUGGCGAGAUUUUCAUUCCUCUGCCCAAUCGCCUGCCCAAGUACCGGGUCGGGCACACAAUUGAUACGAGUUGGAGCUCGCCGGAGAAUCCGGUUCCAGAGCCCGGGUUGGGGACUGCUAUACAGAGGUUUCAUGGAUUCAGAAGAAAGGUUAUAAUGGAGAAGGUGAAGGAGAGGGAGAUGAAGAAGGGGGAGGCAAGGGAUGCGCCGACGGUGGCGGAAUUGACGAUGAAUAAGGGGGAGCUGAGGAGGCUGAGGACAAUUGGGAUUGGGUUGAAGAAGAAGUUGAAGGUUGGGAAGGCCGGGAUUACGGAGGGGAUUGUGAAUGGGAUUCAUGAAAGGUGGAGGAAUUCGGAGCUCGUGAAGAUUGUGUGUGAGGAUAUUUGUAGGUUGAACAUGAAGAGGACUCAUGGAUUAUUGGAGAAGAAAACUGGAGGUUUAGUUAUUUGGAGGUCUGGGAGUAAUAUAAUACUUUACAGAGGGGCUAAUUAUAAGUAUCCUUACUUCUUGUCUGAUAAUAAUUCAACAAAUGACACUUCUGCCGGUACUUCACGGAGUUCAAGCAUGGAUUCUGGAGUACAUGUUAGAGAGGAAAGCUGCUCAUCUGGCACAGAUUACUUAAAUUCCGCAGGACGACAUUCUUCCAACAAAAUGGCUCAACCACCCUUGAUACAAGGUGUUGGUUCUCCAAAUAGGGUACGAUUUCAACUGCCUGGUGAGGCACAACUUGUAGAAGAAGCUGACAGUCUACUGGAUGGACUAGGUCCACGAUUCACUGAUUGGUGGGGAUAUGAUCCUCUACCUGUUGAUGCUGAUCUUCUAGCAGCAAUUGUUCCUGGAUACAGGAAACCUUUCCGCCUUCUUCCGUACGGGGUGAAGCCUAAACUAACAAAUGAUGAAAUGACAAUAUUAAAGAGACUUGGUCGGCCUUUACCAUGCCAUUUUGUGUUAGGCAGAAACAGAAAACUUCAAGGAUUGGCUGCUUCCAUUGUCAAGCUCUGGGAAAAAUGUGAAAUUGCAAAAAUUGCAGUUAAGAGAGGAGUCCAGAACACUAACAGUGAACUGAUGGCUGGAGAGUUAAAGUGGCUGACUGGAGGAACUCUUCUUUCACGGGAUAAGGAAAUUAUUGUCUUAUAUAGAGGAAAGGAUUUCCUGCCUGCUGCAGUUUCUUCAGCAAUAGAAGAGCGGAGAAAAUGCGGAAUUCCUAUGGAGAAACACAGGACAGAUUUUAGUUCAUCAGUUAUGACUAUUCAGGAGUGUCAAGAUGAAUGUGAUGGGAUAAGCGAUCAGAAAAGGAAACUUGUCUCUGAACAAAGGAAACUAAGAUCCACUGAAGCAGCUGUUAAGAAAACUAGCACAAAGUUGCAAAUGGCAUUUGAGAAGAAAGCCAAAGCAGAGAAGCUUCUAGCAGAGCUGGACAAGGAAGAGACCCCCCAAGAAGCUGAAAUAGAUAAAGAGGGUAUAACCGAAGAAGAAAGAUAUAUGUUGAGGAAGGUCGGUUUGAAAAUGAAGCCGUUCCUCCUGUUGGGUAGACGGGGGGUUUUUGAUGGAACAGUUGAAAACAUGCAUCUCCACUGGAAGUAUAGAGAACUUGUUAAGGUAAUAUGUGGUGGGAGAAGCAUUGAAGCUGUUCAUGGAAUAGCACGGGCAUUAGAGGCAGAAAGCAAUGGAAUAUUGGUGGCUGUGGAGAGAGUUAGCAAGGGCUAUGCCAUUAUAGUGUAUCGUGGGAAGAACUACCAACGACCUGACUGCUUGAGGCCUCAAACACUCCUAAACAAAAGAGAGGCAAUGAAACGUUCUAUAGAGGCGCAGCGGCGUGAGUCCUUGAAACUUCAUGUUUUGAAGCUUGGCAGAAAUAUAGAUGAAUUGAAGCUUCAGCUGUCCAAAGGAAAGGAGACAAACAACAUGCAGUCAGAUAAAGAAUCAAACUUUCAGUUGGUGAAAGAGCAGGAGGCGGAGAAAAAACGAUUAGCUGAAUAUACAAGAUCUGACACAGACCUUUUCACUAAUGACUGCUCUACUUCAGUAACUCCUAAUUGUACUGAAGUGAAUGUAGAGGCUAGAGACAGAUGUGGAGCCAAUUCAAGUUCCUUUGACCCAAAUGAUGAUAUUGAUGCUUUAAGCAGCAGUCCAGAAACCAGUCAGCGGGACAUUUUGAUAUUUUCCAAGGAGGACAAGGAUGAGUUUAAAAUAACUGAAUCAGAACCUUUAGCUGAUGCGGUAUGUAAAGAAUCCAAUGUCAUUAUGGGCAUCAACGGUCAAGGUGGAGAUGUCGAAUCUGCAACUUGUCCUGAUGAUUCUAUGUCACAAGAUCAAACAAGCUCUUUACCAGUUGUUAAUGUUGAACCUCAUGUUCGUGACAAAGCCGUGAUUCCAUUUGUUGAAUCACCAAAAAGUGGACCAGAGCCAUCAGUUCACAGCACUAUAGAGAAUGUCUCUAGUAGGGUGCCUUUUAGAGCUGUACGGCUUUCCAACAGAGAGAGACUUUUUUUGCGAAAGCAGGCCCUCCGGAUGAAAAAGCGCCCUGUGCUUGCUGUAGGGAGGAGCAAUAUCGUCACUGGAGUUGCAAAAACAAUUAAGACACACUUUCAGAAGUACCCCCUUGCCAUAGUGAAUGUCAAAGGCAGAGCCAAAGGGACUUCAGUCCAGGAGGUGGUUUUCAAGCUUGAGAUUACAAGCUCUUGGCCGACAACUACUCCCGAGCUAAUCAAGAGGCCAUCAGAGUUCUGCUGCGUCAUCCGGCCGAGGAAAGGGAAUCACCGAAGCUGCUCGGCUUUGAACCGACCUACCAUUACACAGCGCCGCGCAAAAACAGGGUGACUGACUUUCUUUGUGCGCCCUCCUCAGAACCAGAUCCAAAUCUUCCACCAAUCAAACUUGUUCCUCUUACUGCCGAGCAAGAAAUGGCCAAAAUCCGGGCAAUCAAAUUGAUGAUUACUGGUGAGCCCAGCGACUCCCAGCCACCAGAGGCAUCUGGGGGGACUUCCUCCACUCCGGUUGCACAAGAGGAGGGGGCUGUGCUGGCUCUUGCCAGCGAACAAGCAUCUGGCCGGUCGAAGAAGCGGCCGAGGAAAGAUCUAGCUGGACAACAUCUGGUGGACGAAGACUCCACCGAGCAGGCUUCGACCGACCUGGGGGACCAGAUCGAACAACCAAUCGGCGGGCCAUCCAAGAGCCUAAAUGCCCCCUCGAUUUGGUCGCCCGAAUUCAAGUACAAAGGCCGGGCUGUCUCUGCGGCGGAUUCUGUUUACGCGGACAAGGAUUACUCCCUCGGUUUCAACAUAACCAAGGGGCUGAUCUUUCCCGCUGACAUGAAGAAGCACGACGAGCUGUCCGACUUGAAGGUGCUUCGCUCGGCGGCUAAAUCGAUCGUUUUGGUAAGUUCUCCACUCUUUUCGUCAAGUUAUUGCCCGAUUUUUGCUCGAUUUUCUAAAUUCUUACAAUCUUUCAUUUGUUUUCAGGCCGCGCAAAAGAACUAUUUAGCACACGAUCGGAUGGUCACAGUGCGGCAGAGCCUGCGGGAUGCCAUUGCUGAAAACAAGGCCAAAACUGUCGAAAUAGCCAAGUUGAAGGCUGCGCAAGAGGCGACUGAGGCCGAGCGCGAUACGCUAAGCCAGAAGUUGGACCGGGCUGAAGCAGACAAACAACGGGCCGUGAAGACGACGAAGGCUCGGUACCUCGCCGAGCUGCGCAAACUGCGCAAUGCCCACAAGGAAGAGAAAGACAAGGCGGUUGAUGAUGCCGAGGACCGGGGAUACGUGCAGGGCGAGAAGACCUAUGAGCGGCAAGUUCAGGCUACCAAGGACAUCUUUUUCUAAUGCGGUUGGAAAGCUGCCGUGGAAAAAGUUGACCUUGGUCAAGACGCUGAUAUGUUCCUGAAUCCCCCUGCAGCCUAUAUCCCGGUCUACAUGCAGGCGUAUGCUAAUACCGCUCAAAAUCGGCUCAUCGAAGAGGCAAAGAAAACGGCCGAGGAAAAAGCCGCCGCCGCGCAACAAACCGAGCAAACUUCUCCCGAAGCAUCUCAAGAUGUCGAAGGUCAAGUGGCUGAUCGGGAGGUUGUCGUGGUGGAAGGCGCUGACAACGAGGCCGCGGAUGGGUUGCCCGAGCAAACGGUUGAGGUCGCCGAGUAGACGGUUGACCUCGAGCUAGAUUGAUGUAUAUUUUCUUUGCUUUGUUUUUGUUUCUUUUCUUUCUUUUUUGAAUGUAACCGGGCUAGGCCCCACCUUUGUAAUGUAAUUUCCUAAAUCAAUGAGAAUUUGAGCCUUUUGCUCGUUGAUCUUC